UGGAAGUUGCGCUACCUCGAAUUGUUCAAUAAGUGUACUCUAGCGGUGGGGAGGGGAAUUGCAUCAAGUUUAACACAACUAGUACAGAAUGUCAACACAUUAGAGCUCAUAUGUGCAUGAGUUCACAUAUGGGUAGAUCUGUUUUUUUUUUUUUUUUUUCUCUACGACAACCCAGAUAGUUGCCUUGGCUACACACAGCCUGCCGCCCUUUUCUAAGGUUGAUAAAACAUGACUUGUCUUUGGACACCCCCCUUUUUCAAACUCUGUAAAAGACAGAAUAAGUUGCUGAUAAGAACACAAUCCCACAGCAUACACAUUUCAAAGCUUGGUUCACCUCAUGCCUAUGCUGAGAAGUAAAGACCAGACAUGAGCAACAAAUUCUUACGGAAAGUUCUUUUUGCCUCAUUGCUCAUGACAUUCCAGGACAUGAGCUACAGUGAGAACCAGUCAUUUAAUGAUUCAGCCGAUCUCAGACUACCACAAUCGUAUCGUAUUGACUGGAUGAGAUCCAUUGACAACAACAAGUUAAUCUCUGACAUCACAAUCCCUGGUACCCAUGACACCAUGGCUCUUCAUGGGGGCCCGCCUGCCGAAUGCCAGGCCUGGUCACUGGCAGCUCAGCUCAGGGCGGGCAUCCGCUAUCUUGACCUGAGGGUGUUUGCCCUCGACGAUAAGCUCUAUAUCAUGCACGGAGUGGUUUAUCAGCAUACCACGUUCACUGAAGUGCUGAGCACUAUCCGGGACUUUCUAAAGGAGUACAGAAGUGAAGCUGUUCUUGUGAGGGUAAAACCAGAUCUGUUUGAUAAAGACAAGGUUGAGGGCAUGGUUGCACAGCUCAUUGUGGGUGAUCGAGAUAUUUGGGUUGAAUCAGCCAUACCAAGAAUGGUUGAUGUUAGAGGCAAGAUUGUUUUCCUGCAGAAAGACAGCUUUAAGUUAGGUAUUCCAAUCCUGGGCACUGACAAGGAGGGUGAUUAUGAGGUCACCCACAUCUCUGAGAAAGAGCGUAAAAUUGAGAAGCAUUUGAAAGAGGCUGAGAGAGAUUGUGGCGGGGACUAUGUAGUACUGUCUUACUCAAGUGGCACAGGCAUCGGCACACUGGAGGGUGUGUUUUUAACACCAAAAAGAGUGGCAGAGAAAAUUGACCCUUGGUUCUAUGGUUAUCUGAAUAACCUUGAUCCAAGAAAGGGCUCCUGUUGGGGCAUCAUUGCUAUGGAUUUUCCUAGCUUUGACCUCAUACAAACUGUGAUCAACCUAAAUCAAUUUUAGUUGUCACCUUGUGUUGUAAAAUUUCUAAUUAAGACUAUGCAGAAUACAAUGUUCAUAAUCAAAAGACAUUGAAGUCAGAACAAUACAUGUAUAGCACAGAUACAAACCUAUUUGUAUGUAUGAUUAGUGUAUGAUAAGACACCAUGAGAACCUGUCAAUCAAAUAUCGUAUUCUACUGGUGGAUCGGGAUUAAAAAAAUCAGCGAUGUUACUUAAAGCACACAAAUCUGAGUGUCAGCAAUGACCUCAUAACAAUACAAGUCUCUCAUGUAUUGGUGUGUACAACGACAUUCCAGAUUAUUUCUCAUGAAAAUCAUGAGAGAGGUUGCAAAACAAUAAAUAAAGAC